AUGGAUAGAGGAAAUCAGUCGGUAGUGUCAGAGUUUGUGCUUCUCGGACUUGACAAUUCACAGAACGCCCAGAUCUUACUCUUCAUAAUAUUUUUGGUGCUUUAUCUGAUCAUCGGGUCAGGGAACACUGCCAUCAUGAUCUUGAUCAUCACUGACCCUCACCUCCACUCCCCCAUGUACUUCUUGCUGGCCAACCUGUCCUUUGUUGAUCUGUGGCUCUCCUCCGUCAGCACCCCUAAGAUGAUCACAGACUUUCUGAGGGUGAACAAGACCAUCUCCUUUGGAGGCUGCAUGUCUCAGAUCUUCUUUGCCCACUUCAUUGCUGCUAGUGAGAUGGUGCUCCUUGUGGUAAUGGCCUAUGACCGCUAUGUGGCCAUCUGCAGACCACUCCACUACUCCACCAUUAUGAGCCUGCAGAAGUGUGUGGAGCUGGUGUUGACCUCCUGGGCCAUUGGAUUCGUGCAUGCCAUGAGUCACCUGGUAGUGGUCAUACAGCUGCCUUUCUGUGGCCCCCGGGAUAUAGACAGCUUCUUCUGCGACAUACCACUGGUCAUCAAGUUAGCCUGCAUAGAUUCCUAUAAUCUGGACCUACUGAUGAACGCUGACUGUGGAGUUGUGGGUGUAACCUGCUUCGUUCUGUUGCUGAUCUCCUACACGUACAUUCUUCUCACUGUGCAACGGAGCUCCACAAGCGGGGCCUCCAAGGCCCUGUCCACCUGCUCCGCCCACAUCACGGUGGUGGUCCUCCUCUUCGGCCCCUGCAUCUUCAUCUACGUGUGGCCUCUCAGCAUCACCUGGCUGGACAAGUUUCUUGCUGUGUUUUAUUCUGUUAUUACACCGCUGCUAAACCCAACCAUUUAUACACUGAGGAAUAAAGAGAUUAAAAGUGCCAUGAAAAGGCUUACAAGAUAUUCUAUAGGGUCCAAGGGUUCUAUAGAUGCCCAGAAGGCCUGUCUUAAGCACUUCAGACCAGCAACACAAAGACCUGCGAGAUAG